GUUUCCUUGUAUGUUUCGCGUGCCUUAUAAUAGAUUUUUUGCCUUUCUUCAACAAUCUCUUUAUAUUUGCGUUUAAUUCCUAUUACCUAUUGAACGCGGUUAAGGCCGAGCCUACGAUAAAUGUAGUAAGUUUUAAAGACUCGGCUUAAUAGUUGGUCUGUUCUUUUAGCAGCACCCGUUCAGCAGUGCUGUUAAAAAGAACAGACCAAGCGUCACCCCGAAUGCAUCCUAUGUCUAUGGAAAAUCUUAUCAACAAUUGGCAACACUGGCCGCGUUUGCGUGAGAAACCGUGUCUUCUCGCGAUCAGUGAUGGACGUUUUUCCUCGAUUUUGAUCGUUUAUAAACUUUCAUCACGUAUUAAGCAAUCACUUGUCUUGAGAUCAGAGCAAGCAACAACAACACAACAAUAAGUGAUCGUCGCUUUCUACAACGUGCUAAACUUACGUUUAAUGAAAACAGCGGAUCGCGACACUCCAGCAUCCAACAAGCGAAGAGGCUACGGUAACACUUUGGUCUUAUUAUAUCAUGCAUCCGUCGGCAGUAGUUAUUGAACAACCACAAAUGGCGGCGGAUGAUUCAUGGAAAACUACCCACUUUCGGCAGAGUGUAGUCGCAAAAAUAGAUGAAGCUAUACAGAUGUCUGGAAUGCCUAGGAUGAAGAACAGCAUCGAUAUGGAGAACCAUGUUUUCCAAAAGGCAAAAACAAAGGAGGAGUACCUGGGCUUUGUGGCCAGAUUGAUCCUUCAUGUCCGAGAAAUGAAUUCUAAGAAGGGGGCAGCUGGUAAUGCACCAGGUGCCACUGGUACCAACAAUCAAGGCAUGCUAGAUCCGAUUGGUGCUCUUCAGACACUGGCACGUCAAGGGACUGGAAAUAACCAGAUAAUGGAUAUGGGAAGCCCGGGUCCCAAUCAUCAAGGUAUAAUUCCACAACCACCAGCAAGUACUGCAACUAACCGUGAGUCUUACUUUUUUUAAAUUUCAUUCAAUAGUGAUUGACACUAGCGCGAAUGUUUAUUUAUUUUGCACAGGACUGAUUCUAAUAUGUAUAUUCUUACUGCAUUUGCAAAUAAAAUAUUGUAAAUAUGACAAAUGUGUGAGUGAAACCAUUGGCCUGAGUAGUACCUCCGCUCCCUAGGUAUAAUCUGGUGUCUUAUCUUAUAUUUUUGUAAGAGUUGCUUACAUUGGCAUUAACACACGCGCUUUGGUGAAUGAUCUAUCUGCUACUUUAACGUAAUUAAGGGUGAUUGACCCUUAAAUGCAUGAAUUUUUUUUUAUUACUAGAUUAUUUUUGUUUAGGUUUAAAGGUAGCCCCAGAAAAUGAGAAAAGUAUUUUAAAAAAUCCAAGUGAAAAAAAAUUCUCUUCAUUUUCGAAAUUUUUUGUACUUGCAGAAAUGCAACAUUGUACACAAAAGACAUUUUGCAGCAUAACUUUGAACUAUGUAUACUUAAAGCAGAUCGUUGCAAAUAUGCAACUAUGAAGCAUUAUGAAUUAUUCCUAAGGAUGAGUAUUUUACACGUGGAAAAAUAAAUAUGUUGCAAAUUUGCAACACUAUGCAUUU